UGGUGCCGAAGCUGCGGGGCUGUCCAUGAACGGCACCAUGGCCGCCUCUUCACACCGGAUAAUGCUGGGGCCGCUGGUUGCUGCUAUCGACCAGGGGACGAGCUCCACCCGGUUUCUGGUGUUUAAUUCAAAAACAGCAGAGCUUCUCAGCCAUCAUCAAGUGGAAAUCAAACAGAGCUUCCCCAAAGAGGGAUGGGUGGAGGAGGACCCCAAAGAAAUUCUGCAUUCAGUGUACGAGUGCAUGGAGCGGACGUGUGAAAAACUCACCCAGCUCAACAUAGACAUCUCAAACAUUAAAGCUAUUGGAGUGACCAACCAAAGAGAGACCACGCUGGUUUGGGACAAAGAGACGGGAGAGCCCCUCUACAACGCCAUCGUGUGGUUGGACCUGCGGACUCAAUCAACAGUUGAACGUCUGAUCAACAAAACUCCGGGAAGGAAUAAGAACCACCUAAAGCACAAAACGGGGCUCCCCAUCAGCACGUACUUCAGCGCGGUGAAGCUUCGCUGGCUGAUGGACAACGUGAGCGAGGUGCACGAAGCCGUCGUUUCUCACCGCGCCAUGUUCGGCACCGUCGACUCCUGGCUCAUUUGGUGUUUAACUGGGGGGAAGUCUGGCGGAGUUCACUGCACAGAUGUGACCAACGCCAGCAGGACCAUGCUGUUUAACAUUCAUACUUUGGACUGGGACCCAGAACUUUGCAAAUAUUUUGGUAUUCCUAUGGAGAUCUUGCCCAGGGUGAGGAGUUCUUCAGAAAUAUACGGCCUCAUGAAAUCAGGAGCCCUUUCAGGUAUCCCCAUUUCAGGGUGUCUCGGGGAUCAAUCAGCAGCACUUGUUGGACAGAUGUGUUUCCAGGAUGGACAAGCUAAAAACACGUAUGGAACUGGUUGUUUUUUACUGCGAAACACUGGACCUAAGCCUGUAAUGUCGGACCACGGCCUUCUGACCACUGUGGCGUACAAACUAGGUCGAGACAAACCGGCCUGCUACGCAUUGGAGGGCUCCGUGGCCAUUGCAGGAGCUGUGGUGCGUUGGCUGCAGGACAAUCUCGGGAUAAUCGAAUCUUCUGAAGAGCUUGAGAAGUUGGCUGCAUCGGUCGGCACAUCCUACGGUUGUUAUUUUGUUCCUGCGUUUUCGGGUCUUUACGCGCCUUACUGGGAGCCCAGCGCAAGAGGGAUUAUUUGUGGGUUAACUCAGUUCACUAAUAAGAGUCACCUCGCAUUCGCUGCACUGGAAGCCGUCUGUUUUCAGACACGAGAGAUUCUGGAUGCCAUGAAUCAGGACAGCGGCAUCCCACUAACUCAGCUGCAGGUGGACGGAGGAAUGACGUCCAACAGGUUGCUGAUGCAGCUGCAGGCUGACAUACUCUGCAUCCCUGUCGUGAAGCCGUCCAUGCCUGAGACCACUGCUCUGGGGGCAGCGAUGGCAGCCGGAGCAGCAGAGGGUGUGAGCGUGUGGAGUCUGAACCCAGAGGACCUGAGUGAAGUCACCUCGGAGAAGUUUGAGCCUCAGAUCAACCCUGAAGAAAGCGAGUUUCGGUACGCACGGUGGAAGAAAGCAGUGCAGAAAUCUAUGAACUGGGAGACGACGGAGCCUGUUUGUAAUGGAAACGGUGAAUCUAGUAUCUUCAGCAGCGUUCCACUGGGCUUUUACAUAAUGGGCAGCAUGUUGAUGUUAAUCGGAGCGAAAUACAUUGCAGGCCCCGACUAGACUCAGACUCCUGGAGGCGUUAAAGUGAAGAGGGCAGCGGAAACUCUUUGUGCCGGACCACCACUUUUGACUCUUUGUUGCACUCUGUUUUUUGUUUUUUUUUGGUUUGUUUGUUGUUGUUUUUUUCAAAAGGCAUUCCAGAGGAAAGACGUGUCAGUCGCUCCUGCUGACACUUACAGCUGACUGGAAGAUCAGGGUGAAAUUUGAACUAACGAACGAGACUAUUUCUUGAUUAUUUCCCCUUUCAUAUUUUUUGUCCGGACAGACAAGAACACAUUGGUACAUUAGACAUGAUUUGCAGCAGUGUGCAUGUAGUAUUUUUUUUACAGUGUUGAAAUGAUAUGAAUUCUGAGAUUAUUUAUGUAGAAACUUUGCUGAUGGUAGAGCCAAUUGUUCACAGUUUAAUUUGCAUUACUUUGUUUUUCACUUCAUUGUUACCUUCACAAUCCUGUGAUGUUUUGUUGUGUGAGACUGGCCACUAUGCGCUACAGAGAGACUUUUUAGAGCACUUUAUUUUAUUUUUUUGUCUUGUGGGAGCUGUGUACUUAGAAGAGUGUACAUAUAUAUAUUUUCUAACAGUUGGGAUUAAUACACAGAUGGUUAGUUUGUAGUGGAAUAAAAAAACAUGAAGGGAUCAGGUUUAGGGUAGGAGAGACAUUGAAUUGACAAGGUUGCUUUUUGGUGAAAAGUGAUGUUCUCAUACAUACUUGAAUCAGUGAAAAUAUGUUGUUUAAUGUGCAAGCAUGCAAUGAAGGGCAAUGAUGAAUUGGCAGACAAUUUUUGAUUUCUGUGUUCACACAUAUGCUAUGAAUGAUAUUCUAGGAAUAAUCAGGUACUUAUUUAUAAGAAUUUGACAUUUAAAAACAUUUAAAAUUCUUCCGAAGCUAGACGCCAGAAAACCUAAAGCACCAUCGUAGGAUGAAAUCUGAAGCAGCAAGUUAAUGACUAAUUAAGACUGGGAAUAUUGUUCCUCUGGUCACAAGUUGAUAUCAUCUCAUUUAUACCUGCAGUUUUUCCUUUAUGAUUCUGAAAUGUACAAAUUAUGCAAAACUCUCAACUGCAAACAUUUGAUACGCACCAUUGCCAAUGCAACUAUAUUGCACUGAAAUGAGAGAGAAAUUUUAUGUGAGUUAAGUACCUAAGUACUAAAUUAAAAAGGAAACCCACGGGAAUAUGAAUUCAUUUUUAAAGUAGUUCCACUUAAUAAACUGCCAUUGUUUGCAGAAUUGAGGAAGUAGAAGCGAGCCAGUAUUCAUUUUUAUUGCCAAACGUGAUAUGUUUACCUUCCGUGUGAAUCUGAAACAAAAUAAAACGGUUUGUUUUUGAUGCUUGAUGAAGGAGGCAGAACAGGUUUGAAAGUUUGGUUUAGUGUUUGUUGAAGGUUUGAAAUGACUGCGUGCAAAGGUUCAAAGUGCUCUCUGGCGAUAUCAAUAUGUAUGAGCUCAUUACAACAUACUGAACAAUGAAAAAAAUGCAACCCUUUUGCUACUGACUGUGCAUGUUGCUGUGACCUUAUAUCACUGAUGUAAUUAAGUGUACAAUCCUAUUUAAGUUCUCCACACUUUGAAAAGUUUGGGACUUAUUUAUGAAGAGGAACAAACAGGAACAAUUAUACAACAGGCACAGCUUAGUUGCAAAUGUAACAGGCUUGAAAUGAGGAAACGUUGAGUUUAUGUCAUUAUCUCUCAUGUAUGGAAACCGGUUUUAUGGGAGAAUAAAUGUCGUGAAAAAUAA